GUCCUCAACAACGCAGACUCUGCAACCCCUCUCUCUUCCCUUCCUUUCAUCAUUCAUCACUCUUCAAGUCUUGAGAUCUUUAAAUCUUGACUACUACUACAAAUCUGUCUCAAUCUCUCUCUCUCUCUCUCUAACUCUAUUAGUAGUUGAGUAAUCUCAGUUUGAAGCUGUUCCUUGUAAGAAAUCAUCCAUCUUCUUGCGGCAGCACUUGACUGUUUUUCAAACUAAGUUUUCCCCAAAACAGAUAGUAAUCAUGAUGAAGUAGAUUCUUCUCUAUUUUCCUUAAGAUCCCAAAUCCAAGUUUAAUUAAGUUCCAGAACCCCCCACUUUUUUCCAAUUGAUUCCCUAUCUCUCUCCAUCUGACAAAUUAUAUUUAUGGAAGCCAUGCAAAAUCUAGCAUUUAUCUUCUUUUGGGUAAGUUAAUAACUUCAUCAUUUGCACUUAUUUUGAUACCACAGCUGAAGUCACUCUCUCUCAACUCAUCCAAACAAGCAAAACCUCUCUCUCUCUUGAAGCACUACCAUUGGUCCAUUAGUCUCACUCAUCACCUAUGCACAAGUAGCUAGCUAGACGAGAGAGAGAGAGAGAGAGAGAGAGAGAGAGAGAGAGAGAUACCCUAGAGUAAGAGAGAUCAAGAUCCUAGAGAGAAACCCUACAAAUUUCACCCUCCAAAUAACCAAAAUCUCACCUUUCGUUUUCCCAUGGAUUUAAUUUCAAACCCUAUUUCCAACAACCCCAGCAUAACCUUUGAAACCCCUAUAAUCAACAAUAACAUGGCCAUGAUCUCUCCUCCAUCCUCAGCAAUAUCCACAACCCCCACCACUCCCAGCCGCUACGAAAACCAAAAGCGGCGGGACUGGAACACCUUCUGCCAGUACCUCCGGAACCACAGGCCGCCGCUGUCGCUCCCGAUGUGCAGCGGAGCCCACGUACUGGAGUUCCUCCGGUAUCUCGACCAGUUCGGCAAAACCAAGAUCCACAACCAGAACUGCCCGUUCUUCGGCCUCCCAAACCCACCUGCUCCCUGCCCCUGUCCGCUGAGGCAGGCGUGGGGCAGCCUGGACGCCCUCAUUGGCCGCCUUCGAGCUGCCUAUGAUGAGCACGGCGGGAGGCCUGAAGGCAAUCCCUUUGGAGCCAGAGCUGUGAGACUCUACUUGCGUGAAGUUCGUGAUUUCCAGGCAAAGGCAAGAGGGGUUAGUUAUGAGAAGAAGAGGAAGAGGCCCAACAAUAACAACCCAAAGUCCAGCAUGAGUACGGCCAUGAUCACAAGUUCUGCUUCUACAACUACAACAAGUUAGUCCGGAGGGAAGAAAUUAAAGUAAAAUUAAUCAAAAAUGCAGAAGCAGUCAUUUGGGGUAUAAUAUUCCUCUCUUUUCUUAUAUUAUUCUAUAUAUCUAUAUCGAUGUAUAAAAUAUUCUACCUAGUUAGAUUGUUCCCUUUUUGUGCACAAAAAAGGAAAUGGUCUAAUGAACUCGUUUGUGAUAUGUUAUUGAAAUGUUGAAAGUGUUUCUUUUCUGUCUGAAAAAAGAAACGGAAAUGCAUACUUUUGGGUUUUGGGGCUUUGGCCCUUUUUGUGUUGCAUGAUUGUAUUUGAAGCACAAUAUAAGAUCAUCAAUGAAUUAAUAGAUUUCCAUUGUUA